CAACAACUUCCAGAUUUCUCUGAUUUAAAGAUUAGGAUAUUCCACUCAAACAAAAACUAACCCUGACUCGGAACGCCCAUGACAAUCUGAAUAAAUUACGAGUACCGCGCCAGUAGCACAGCAGGUCAGUACCGUCAUUACCAAUCUACGAAUAGGCCAGCUGUUCACUGACCAAUAGGCGGAGGCCCUGCAGAGAGAGUGGUAACGCACACUGACAUUGAGUAGUGUAGUGGUAUUGUGUAUGUGUGUGUAAUGCAGAGGAAAGAUUAUAAAAAAGUGGUUGGUGGUUUUCUUCAUAAUCGCUAUAAGCCAAAAGCGAGGAAAAGGGCGUAUAAUCAAAUUGUUUACGAUGAUAAAAGAGCUAACUUCUUUUGUACAGUGUAAAUACAAUAAGUGAUUCCCGGAUUGCAUGUGAUUUUAGUGAUUUGAUUUAUCCAUGUAUAUUAGUAAUUUCUCAAGAUGGAAAGAGUUUUGAAUCGAAAAAAUCACAGAUAUGGGGCUUUCAUUAAAUAUAGUUUAUUUGGAAUAAAUGCACUAAGCUUGAUAAGUGGUUUCAUUGUAUUGGUUUUGGGAGUAUGGACAAUUGCUUCUCGACUUUACUUCAAUGUUCUGCUUGGUACAAACCUGUACGCAGGAGCUGCUCUUAUACUGACAAUUACUGCAGUUUUUGUUAUUGUGAUAACAUUUUUAGGAUGUCUAGGUGUAAUCAAGGAAGUUAGAUGCAUGCUUGUGAUUUAUUUCACAGUGGUAUUCAUACUAUUUGUGACCAUGAUUGUGGGCAGUAUUUUGGCUUUCGUUUUUCGAAGUAAAGUAAUCACUACCAUUAGAUUAGGAAUGGAAAGCUCUCUCAGAGAUUAUGGUAAUAUUAAAUACAUCACAGAAGCUUGGGAUGAAACGCAGACCAGACUUAAAUGCUGUGGUGUAUAUGGUUAUCGCGACUGGCAAAGUAAAAUUCCCGAGUCAUGCUGCAAACUAACAUCUCUGGGGCAGAGGUUACAGUGUCAAGCCUUAGGAGAAAAUAACAAUCACUUCACCAUUUUCACUGAAGGUUGCUUAGAGGUGACCAAAGAAUUUGUUAGGGAUCAAGCCAUUGUCAUUGGAUCAUCUGGCAUAGUGGUUUCAAUAAUCAUGGUGAGUAUAUGCCAACGACAAGUUGUUGCGCUGCAAAACAAACUCGUGUUAAACGCGCGACUGAGAAAAAUCGCUUUCCUAAAAGGAGGUUUUUCUAUUUUCAAUAUAAACCGAUUUGUCCAAAAUCGAUUUUAGUGGAAAAUUCGAUUUUUACUACUACUCGAAAAACUGCAUGCUUACAGAGUGAAAAGAGAAAACUGUUUAUGGAUUGAUGUAUAUCGUAUCUAAGGGCACGUUUCUAUUCGUCAUUGUCUGUCAGAGCGGUCCGUAGGACUUUUGCUCUUGGUUAAAGUCUUGUAGGUCUCUCAGGUCUGGUUGCCCAGAUACCAAACAAAGUCAGAAAGAAUGCAGGGAAGAAGAAAGGAAGGAAGGAGGGAGAGCAAAGAAAAAAGAUGUGCCUUGGCAUUGCUAAUUAGUGUUCAGCAAUUUUAAAUUGAUUCUAAAAUUAAUUUUGAGAUUGUUGUUGAAAAUGAUAAUUUUGGUUGGACCUAAAGUCGCACGAUUCAAUUUUGUCUAAGGGAACGUUUUAAAAAUACUCACCAUUAUAAAGGGUGUCCCAAAUUCUAGCCAUAUAUCCAAGGACUUUUUAAUCGAAUUCGACUCAGAUACAUGAUGCAUGUACAAAGCAUAUUUGUUCAGAAUUGUGUCGGUAGUAGAUUCAACCCUCUCGGCGCCAUUUUUUCAUGCUGGUUAAAAGCGUCACAAACCUCGAGAGAUUCAUCUUCAAGAGUUAUUAUCAAACCUCAAAGGUGUACAUUUUUGAAGCAAGGAAAUAAGAAAUUGACGUAGGACAGAUGUCCAGAGUAUGUACUAUGCUGACGAGUGACUAGCUCGGCUUUAACCUUUUGACGGGUAAGUCAUGGUUUGCAUGUCAUAUAUGUCAAAAUGAAUAGUAGAUAGCCGAGCCAACCACGAGUAUAUACUUACUACCGUGUGUUUUCGAUAGGAACCUUGAAGGGUAAGCAACAUUCUGGAAGUGAAAAGCAAAACCGAGUCUACAUGGACACAGCAUCCCAAUGUCCUGGCUCCAGUAAUGCAUGUGCAACAGUUGCUUAAGAUUAGAAAUUCGUCUCUGGCAGCUUCCUGAUCUGUUGCAUAGAAUAUCCAUAAAUGUUUUUUGCUUCUGGAGACGAGUAAGUAUUGUCUUGUUCAAACUCAUUCCGACUUUGCUUUUCGGAUAUCUAAAUGAAAGCUAUCCUCACGAUAUUGUCCUGGAUAUACAUAAUGUAUGCUGGAACUAAACUUAGUUGAUAACUGCCAGCAGUGAGACCUUUUAAAUAUGC